AUGUACAAAAUUGCGUCCAAAAUCCUUGUAAAGAAACUUAAGGAGGUACUUCCUAAGCUUAUUGGUGCCAACCAAUUCGCAUUCCUAGGGAAGAGAAAAAUGCUAGAUGGGGUGCUUGUUGUCAACGAAGUCAUCUUAGAAGCUAACCAUAAGAAGAAGCCAACUAUAGUGUUCAAAGUGGAUUAUGAGAAGGCUUAUGAUUCCGUCCAAUGGGACUUUCUUCUAUACAUGCUCCAACAGAUGAAUUUUUGUAGCAAAUGGGUGAGAUGGAUUCAAGGGUGUUUGGAGUCUAAUUUUGUGUCUGUCCUAGCCAAUGGUAGCCCGACCGGGGAGUUCAAGAUGUGGAAGGGUCUUAGUACACACCUACCCCCCUAA